AUGCCAGAGUCCCUGGUGUCGCUGCCAUCUGAGGCCUACAGGGAUUUUAAACAGCUUAACAGAGAAGCCAGUCCUUGGAGGCCCAGGCAGGGCCACAACCAAGCAGUACAACCAAAACAGAUUCAGGCCACACACUGGAGCAGGCCGGUCCCCCGCCCGGGAACAGGAACCCCGGCGGACUGGGCCCGGCGGGCCGCCUCGGUGCCCGAAAGGGAGCGGGUGCCCGAGGGGUGGCCCCCGUGGCAGGUCCAGGGGUGGGGGCGCGGCGCUCCGGGAGGAGCCUCCCGCGGGUCCCGCCCCGUCACGUGGGCGCCGGCUCCGGCCGCUGCGGUCGGUCCGCUGGUUGGUCGGCUGGCUGGCCGCGCGCUAGGUCCCGCAGUUGGUCGGUGGGCCUGUCGGGGGGCCAGUGGCCUGUUGCUCGCUGCCGGGCUCUCAUGUUUGAAGGUGGGAGGGACACGGGAGCGGCCCGCACACCUGAGCCGCCUGGAGAGGAGCCGUGGCCCCGCAUCCAGUAAGAAGAAGAGGAGACUAGGCAGUCAGGAGUCAUGGCGUCUGAUGCUAGUCAUGUGCUGGAAGCCGCCCUGGAGCAAAUGGAUGGGAUCAUUGCAGGCACUAAAACAGGUGCAGAUCUUAAUGAUGGUACUUGUGAGCCUGGACUGGCUUCCCCAGCCUCCUACAUGAACCCCUUCCCAGUGCUCCGUCUCAUCGAGGACUUGAGGCUGGCUUUGGAGAUGCUGGAGCUUCCUCAGGAGAGAGCAGCCCUCUUGAGCCAGAUCCCUGGCCCAACAGCUGCCUACAUAAAGGAGUGGUUUGAAGAGAGAUUGGUGAGUAGUCCCGUGGCCUGAUUGGGAACCACUGGGAAAUGCAAUGGUGUAGCCCAUGGAGUGCCACUGCUGACUGGGGCUAUUGACUCAUCUGCACACCUUCCAGCCUUUUCUUCCAUCCCACUUAGCCAACGAUGCGGGGUGGCCCUUCUCAUCAAGGAGUGUAGAGCCUAGUCAAGCAACUUAAGCUAUGCCCUCUGACCUCCCGUGGUCCACAGUCAUCCUCUCCUGAGGAAAUCCAGGGCCAGAGAAGGGUAAACAUUGAAGAUUUCACACGCACAGACCCCCUCGAAUUGCAUGUACUACUUACUGAGUUAUAAUCAUGGCUGGGAUCUCUCUCCUCGGCUAGAUCCCACUGCCCCUUGUUUCUUACCACAAA